AUGAAAUUCCAUAUUAAAAAGUAUGUGAUAGUAACAUCAAUACUACUAUCAGUUUUAUUAUUAUUCAAACGACAAUUUCUCCCAUUUCAAUCAAACCCCAAACCGAUCGACAACAACAAUGUACCAAUUUCAUUUGAUUUAAUCAAACAACGAAAUAAAUUUGAAAACCCAAUAUAUACCAAAUGGAAAUCAUCGACAAAUUCUUUAUCUUUAGAUCCUGAUUUAACUAUACGAUGUAAUGAUUAUUUCCAACAAUUAAAUAAAGAAAAUUUCCAAAUUGAUUAUAAUAAUAAUAAUGAUAAUAAUGAUAAUAAUAAUGAUGAUAAAAAAAUUGAUCCAUUUAUUUAUAAACGGAAAAAAUGGCUUAAAGAAAGAAUUAGAAAUCUUCGGAAACAAUAUAAAUUUGAUAAAAAUAAAGAUAAAUAUGAUUUUGAAUUGAUGGCACAAAUGGAAUUUAUAAAUGUUAGUAAAAAACAAUCUAAUUAUGAAUGGAAUAUUUAUCAACAUUUUUCUCAUUCAAGAAUAUUUGGUAAAUGUUUUGCUACAGCUACAACUACAGCUACAGCCAUAACUAAUGAUAAUGAUAAUUCAAAUUCAAAAUUAAAUUCAAAUUCAAAAUUAAAGCAAGAAUUAUGUAAAUCAUUUGUUAAGAAAUUAUAUCCUUGGAUGAGUGGUAAUUUACCAAUAUUUGAAAAAAAUGGGAAAAAAUUAGAAAAAUUAUCAAUUGAAUUAGAUGAAUCAAAUUGUAUAAUUAAUCAAAUAAAUAAAAAUAGUAAAGGAAAAGGAAUUAUUAUACCUUUAAUACAAAAUGAUAAUAAUAAUAAUAAUAAUAGUAAUGAUGAUAAUAAAUCAAUUAAUGAUGAUCAACAAAUUGAAAAUAUUGGUCGAUUAAUUAAAGUUUUAAGAGCAUUAAAUAAUACAUUACCCAUUGAAAUCAUUUAUAUGGAAUUAACUUUAAAUCAUAAACAAAAAUUAAAUGAUAUAGCUACAAAAUUUGAUUCACAAUCAAAUUUUAUUAAACAAGAUAUAACAUUUGUUGAUAUUUCUCCAACAAUAACAAUAACCACCACCACUACUACCACCAACACUACCAUUUCUCAUAGUUUAAUGAUUGCAUUAAGUUCAAUUUUUACAUCAUUUCAAGAAUUUAUUAUUUUAAAUCAACAUAUUAUUCCAUUAAUUGAUUUAAAUGAAUUUUUUAAUAAUGAAAGAUAUAAAUUAAAUGGGAAUUAUUUUUUUAAAUCACCAAGUAAAUUAAAAAAUCGUAUAAUUAAAUUUAAUAUUGGAUUUCAUGAAAUUACUUCAUUUAUGAAAAAUCAAUUAACUCCUAAUAAAUAUGAUCAUCAAUAUUUCAAUUUAAAUAUUGGAUUUGAUUCAAGUAAUAACGGAAAUAAUAAUAAUGAUGGAAAUGUUGUUAUUGAUAGAUUUUUUAAUUAUCAAUUUAAUAAUUUAAUUGAUUCAUCAUUAAUAAUAUUUAAUAAAUGGAAAACUCUUAGUGGAUUAUUACUUAGUUGUAAUUUUGAAUUUUUAUAUUAUAAAGAUUUAUUUAAUAUUAGAUUUUUACCUACCACCAUCAAUAAUAAUAAUAAUGAAAAUUCAUUAGAUUAUUUAUGGUUAGGACAAUAUAUUUCUGGUAUAAAUGAUCAAAUUAUAUUUAAUUAUAAUUAUGCCAUUAUAGCUGGAAUUUUAACUCCUUCACAAAAUUUACCUAAAGAUUUAAUUGAAUCAUUAGAAAUUUGUUCAUCUUCAUUUGGUCAAUUAUCUGAUAAUAAUGAUAUUUCAUUAUUAUAUAUUACAUCUCAUCAAUUACAAAAUUGGUUAAUAAAUCAAAAAAAAUUUUUAACAUUAUUAAAAAAUAAAUAUGAAUUUAAAUUUAAAGAAUUAAUUAAUAAUAUAUUUGAUCCUUCAAAUCAGUUAAUUAAAACUUCAAUGGAAAGAAUUAAUUCAACAAUUUUUGAAAAAUUAAAAUCACAACCUUUAAUUAUAGAAAAUAUUAUUCGUCCUCCAACUUUAAUUGAACCAAUUAAUGUAUUGGGUUAUAAUGAACCAAAUCAAGCAUGGGUUCAUCAAGAAGAAUUUGAUAAAAUCCAAAACAAUAAUGGUCAUGGUCAUAGUUAUGGUCAUCCUUAUUAUUGUGUUUAUAGUUCAAUUGGUGAUCCAUUAAAAGAAGGAAUUAGAGGAUUAUCUAUUAAUGUUGAAAAAAAAUUACAAGAAAAAUAUAAAAAAUUAUUUGAAAUUUGGUUACAAAAUUAA